AGCUAACAGCACAGAGAGCGCAAGCCACCGGGCUUGAGUGAUGUCAUCUCAUCCCCGUUUCUGAGGCUUGUCGUUGGGGAGGACCAACAGCAAGUGGACAAACCCCCUCGGACGUUAGCAGGUGGUUGUGGCGGGCCAGACAGGCGAAUCCAAUCGUGGGGCUCAGCAGUGUGUUUCACGAUCUCAAACCAGGAUCUUGCUACAUCCCGUUGAACACCCUGCCACAACUGUAGCGAAUGGCUGCAGCGAACUCAACUGCAACAUGUCACAGCCAUGGAUCCUAUGACCACUCGACCACCGACUUUCCGACGCCUGUCCUUUGCCAAGAAGAGAUUCAACACUAACGGAAGCCCUCCGGACCAAAUCGUCCCAUGAUAUUAUUUUCUGAAAGACACCCCCUUCCAUUCCUUAUCAACCUCCAACCGCUGGCCAGUGGAAGUCGAUGCUGAGAGAGGAGAAACAAGCAUCCGCGUUGAGAAACGGUGCACUUCAGUCAAGACAUCGGGCAGCGGUCUCAUUUCUCCCCGAUCAUUUUCCAAUCGCUCUGCCAGUUGAAAGGCACCUUACCCAAGUCCUUCAGGGUCGGAAUAACACCCAUGAAAUCGACCAUGGCCUCUUAUGGAAUUCAUAACGGAACAGGUGAACUCUAUCAACCCCCAAGUGUCUAACAGUGCCUAAAUUAUUCACAAUCAACGCAGAAUUUGUUUGUACAGCUUAGUGAUUUGUUCCCUUUAACUCUAGCUGAGCUGCUGGUCGUGAUUUUUAAAUUCAAAGUGCUCAAGCCAUCAUUGCCAGAUAGAAGGCCUUACAUGUGCCUAGUUUUGUUGUCCAGGCUAGGAAACCAAUGCCAACUGCUGUCCUGUGGACGCUUCUCUUAAUCCCGGUUUGCCUUUCCCCAUUUUUCUACCUCUUCCCGUAUUGUGUCCCUUUAAUGAAAACACAGAAUAUGUUGAAUAUUGCGGCAAGACCUCUGCACCUCUGACUAAAGGCACGAACCUGUUUCUGGGCACACGUUUUCAAAGUGACAGCUGCAGCGGAAGGGUAUUUCAAAGACUGCCCGAUGUUUUCUACGUCUGCCCAUUCGUUGCCUUGAUAAAACGGAAUACCGUUAACGCGCGCGCUUUUGGAUGCGUGCAAGGUGCUGCUGCUAACCCAAGUGUUACCCCGGGAGCAAUAAAUUACACCGCCGAAGAGGGAUCAGGUCGCUUCGCCUUUUCACUCAGGAGCAAAAUAAUGGCCAAUGAACCGGUCAUCCUUAACGUAUACGACAUGUACUGGAUCAAUGAGUACACUUCCACUCUGGGGAUCGGGGUGUUCCACUCAGGGAUUGAGAUCUAUGGUAGAGAAUUUGCGUAUGGCGGACAUCCGUAUCCAUUCAGCGGCAUCUUCGAAAUCAACCCAGGAAAUGCCACUGAACUUGGGGAAACGUUCAAAUUCAAGGAAUCAAUUGCACUGGGCACAACAGACUUCACAGAGGAGGACAUCGACAAGAUUAUGGAGGAGCUGGGCAAGGAGUUCAAGGGCAACGCCUACCACUUGAUGCACAAGAACUGCAAUCACUUCUCCUCCUCUCUCUCCGAGCUGCUGUGCGGCCGGGAGAUCCCGCGCUGGGUGAACCGGCUGGCCUACUUCAGCUCCUGCAUCCCCUUCCUCCAGAGCUGCCUGCCCAAGGAGUGGCUGACGCCGGCCGCCCUCCAGAGCCACAUCAGCCUGGGCCUCCACAAGGACGAGGCGGCCGACGACAGUGAUGAGGAUCCCACCGCGGGCACCGGGGCCUCGGGGGGCCCCACCACCACCACCACUGGCUCAUCCCACAGCUGCCGUCACACCCGAGUCUGACAGUUGGACGGGGUUGGGAGAGAAAGAAAGACAGAGAGAGAGAGAGCCAUAGCUGAUAAAGCACUGAAACAUUCAUGAGACAAUGAAAACACACACACACUGAACUGACUGAACAGAACCCCUUGCCCUGCUGCCCCAUACCUGGGCCUGGGCCUGGCCUGCAGAGUCCCUUUUUAUGAGGCUAGAGGGCCCCCUGCAGGCUCGGAUGACCAACUAACCUCACCAGAUGAUGAAAUGAGAUGGAGAGAGUGACAAAAAGGGAGGAGAGAGAAAGAGAGAGAGAGAGGUCUCCUCCUCUUUCUGCCCUUUUUGGUCCCCCAUUUUUCAGCCCUUUUAGGAAAACUAGCCUUUUGCCAAGCCAUUUUUUAAACUGUUCCUAUAUUUUACCGGGGAAAAAGAAGAACCCUUCUCUUUUUUAAGAAAAGGAUGGACAGCAACAAGACUGACCAAUGCCAAACGUCUUUUUCUAAUUUUGCUUAUGUAUUUAUAUACAGUAUGGCUCCCUACAACCUUAGAGUAACACUUACUUAGCCUUCUGUCUGUCUGGUGCACAUACCAAGAGCCUAUAGUUUCCCCUCAGUAGAAUAGAUGAGAUUACCUGAGAUGGGACUCAAGUGUACGGAAUUACCAUUCCUUUGGUUGUAAUUGGUCAAAGACAUCAUCCUUCAGCCAUGGGUGUCGGCAACUAUACUGCUAUGGGCUGAAAGCAGUUGGUUCAGCACCACACUGGUCAAUCAGAAGGCCAUGAAGUUCAACCCAUGUUAAAAGGAUCAUAUUCUGCAGAUGUCCUCAAAAGCAUUGUAUUGUUGUUGUUUUGUUGACGAAUAGUUCUGAUGUGAAUGGGAUGUAAAGAUAAAACCUUAUGAGGACAAACACUAUAACACAGUCCAACGGUGCUCUUAUGUAUACGUACAGUACAUGCCUGUUCCUCCCCCACACUAUCAUACAUUGAACUCUCAGAAAGCUAUAGCCAUAAACCCCUCAGUUGUUGAUUCACUGGCCCAACGGGCGAACAGUCACCUGCCUGUAUCCAAACGGCCCAUUGAAACAAUGAUUGGCUGUUGAUUGACGGGGGAAGGGAAAGGGAAAGGGAUUAGCUAGCCUGUAGGAAGAAGAAGGCUGGGGAUAGCAUGCAUAGUAGUGAAACUGUGUGGGGGUUUCAUCUGCGGUACAGUAUUUCAGGAAAAGUGUUAACAGUGAACCGGCCAAACUUGUGCUCACAAAUAAUCGCCAAUGGCUUUCUUUUGUUUUUGCUACCUGUUGCUUGUGUGCCAUCAUUUUGGAAAACCACUGUUCGGGGGUGGGGUAGCUGGCAACUUCCUACUACACCAAUUUGAGCUGUUGCCAGCAGAAUUGUAUAAAGUAGAAGUACUCUUAAAGGGACACUGUGUGAUAUUUUUAGUUGUUUAUUUCCAGAAUCCAUGCUGCCCAUUCACUAAUGUUACCUUUUUCAUGAAUACUUACCACCACCAUAAAAUUCUAAGUAUUCAUUAUGACUGGGAAAAUUGCACUUUUCAUACAUGAAAAGGGGGAUCUUCUCCAUGGUCCGCCAUUUUGAAUUUCCAAAAAAAGCCAUUUUUAGCUGCAGAAAUGACUACUUGAACUUGAAUUUGUUUAUUACUCAGAAAACUUUCAUGUAAAGAUCAAAUUAGGCAAUUGGCAGCCCAGUUUCAAUGAGCAGCAUAGUUGCAGCACCCUUUUUGACCAUUUCAUGCACAGUGUCCCUUUAAGGAUGCAAUUACAAGGCUUGUUGUUUGAUAUUACAAAGUUGAAACCAUAGUAUCAUACCACUAGUGUUGUAAUCGUAAGAGUCCUUCUACCUGUACUGUAUUCAACUCUGGUUGCAAGUGGUGGCCAUCUUGUUGAAAACAAGUUUUAAGCUGGAGGAGCAAGAAUGCAUCACCUGGGUUUUCAAGUAUGUGUUACUCACCAAACCAGAUGGUAUACCACAGUACAAACUUGUUAAUUUCAAGGGGUUGAAGAUAAUCAUGGGAAAUAAAAAAACAAUCAUUUACUUUUGUUUUUUUGCUUCUGUUAGUUUCAGUGUGAUUAUGACAGUGCUGCUACUGUAUAUGAACACAGCCGCUUAUAAGCUUACUUUUUCAUCAGUGUCCAAAC